AUGGAACAGUACUCUUUGAUUCUAUGGGCUUUUCUCUGUUUAGCCACCACAGGUUCUAUUGGAGGACAUUCACCUCGUAGAGUUUAUAAAAAAAAUGACGGUAAAAUAGUAGGUGGUACUGAAACAACUAUACAAAAUUACCCCUACCAAGUGUAUCUGGUGCUCAAACAAGCUGGCUUAGAAGAUUACUACGAGUGCGGAGGGUCUAUUGCGACCCAGAGAUGUGUUCUCACAGCGGCACAUUGUAUCACCGGCAAAGAGUCAGUAACGAUAAGGGUUGGCAGUACAAAUACAACAAGUGGAGGCACUACCUACAAAUCAAGGAUGCUUUUUAUGCAUCCUUUCUACAAUUCUACAACAUUUGAUUACGAUAUCGCCGUGAUUAGAUUGUUGAGACGAAUUACGAUUGAUGGUACUAAUAGCUCACUCGUCGACUUGCCUACAAGUAAUUGCACCGUGCCCGUAGGUACCAAUCUUACUGUAACUGGAUGGGGAGAUACAAGUGAAAAUGGUGAAGACAGCACAACUUUAAGAGCGGUUACUAUUAAUGCCGUGUCUUACGAUGAGUGCAAAAAGACGUAUUCAUACUUAACUCCUCGAAUGACGUGCGCUGGUGUGCCUGAAGGUGGUAAGGAUACUUGUCAGGGUGAUUCUGGUGGUCCAUUAGCUAUAACUGGAACGAAAUCACAAGUGGGAAUUGUGUCCCACGGAUAUGGAUGCGCUCGGCCAAACACACCUGGUGUUUAUACCAACUUGUGCAACCCUGAUAUACAGAAUUGGCUGAGGUUAAUGAGAUGUCUUUAA